CUAAGGGUCAUCUGCUUUGUGUACGCAGCAGGGCAAGGGAAGCUCAGGGUAACUUCAGUAAGUAAAGCGAAAUGGAGACGACAGGAUCAGUUUCGUAAUUGCAGAUGAAAUUUCAAACUUCUUAGGGGAGAUGAAAGUAGACAGUAGAACCUAACAGUGGAGGGUAUCAGCAGACAUCUUAAAUUUUAUGGUUAAUUGAAUAAGCGAUGAACCGGGAGAAUAAUUCCAGGGUUCUUGGGCUCCUGAGUAUUGCUGUUUUAUUCAUGUUUGCCGAGUCUUUUUCUAUGAAUGCCUAUGUGACCGUCAUUUAUUCCAACGAAACCGGCAAUUUCACCGAGGAGAAAUGUGAGUGUGGUGUUUAUGGGUUAGCUUCACCCAUAGCUAAUGCUAUGGGGGUGGUAAGCAUUCCUACCUCAGGAAACCAACAAGCCUGUGACGGCUACACAGAUUUCACGAAUAAGAAGAAGCCCUGGAUUGCACUGAUAGAAAGGGGCAAUUGUACAUUUACGGAAAAAAUUAAUGCAGCGGCUAGUGAAGGUGCUGAUGCUGUUGUGAUUUAUAAUUACCCAGUGACUGGCAAUCAGACGGUACCGAUGGCAAAUUUUGGUGCAGAUGAGAUUGUUGCAAUUAUGAUAGGCUACCUGAAGGGAAAAAAAACUUUGGAUUUAAUUAAGCAUGGUAUCCAAGUAACUAUGAUCAUCGAAGUUGGGAAAAAACACGGUCCUUGGAUGAAUCAUUAUUCGAUCUUCUUUGUCUCUGUGUCCUUCUUCGUCGUUGCAGCAGCAACUGUGGGCUACUUUAUCUUUUAUUCUGCUCGCAGACUAAGGAAUGCAAGAGCUCAGAACAGGAGACAGAGACAAUUAAAAGCAGAUGCCAAAAAAGCUAUUGGAAAGCUUCAGCUACGAACACUGAAACAAGGAGACAAGGAAACUGGACCUGAUGGAGAUAACUGUGCUGUGUGUAUUGAAGUGUACCGACCUAAUGAUGUAGUACGCAUUUUAACCUGCAACCAUCUUUUCCACAAGACAUGCAUUGACCCUUGGUUGUUAGAACAUAGAACAUGCCCAAUGUGCAAAUGCGACAUACUCAAAGCUUUGGGAAUUGAGGUGGAUGUAGAAGAUGGAACAAGGUCCUUACAGACGCCUAUUUCCACUGAAACCUCCAGUGUUGCUUCCCCUCAUGAAGAGGAUAACCGUAGUGAGACGGCAUCAUCUGGAUAUGCGUCUGUACAAGGAACAGAUGAACACCCAGUGGAGGAGCAUGCUCAUUCAGAAAAUGAUAACCUGCAACUGGUAAACCAUGAAGCAAAUUCUGUGGUAGUGAAUGUUCCUCAUCUUGACAAUCCAACCUUUGAAGAGGAUGAGACCCCUGUUCCAGAGACCUCAGUUCCAGAGACCUCAGUUCCAGAGACUUCUGUUCGACAAGUUAAUUCUUGAAAUUGGUAACCAUUGAGAGACUAGAGCCUUCACGAAAAGAGAAAACUGCCAACCAGGGUCCAACGUAUUAUCAAAAGUAUGAAUAGACUGGUUAACUUCUCUGGAAACUGACACUAGACAUAUUAAGAUGUUAUAAUAGUUGACGAAUUAUUUGAAAGAUUUAACCUAUUGUUCCACUUUUCUUCCACAAGAAACUCAUUUUAAGUUUCACACGAGUCUCUCAAUGCAAAAAGCACCUUAUGUUAAUUCAUUCAACACAACUCAUCUAAUUACCUCUAUUUUUUUUUUAUUUAAAAAGAAAUCAUUGGCUUAUAGGUUAAAGAAUCAGUAUAUUUCUCCAGAAAAUCAUUUUGAUCUCUUUUUUCCAGAGGUAAUACAACACUUAGAAAAGCAAAUUAUUUCAGGAAAUGCCCAUUUCAGCAGCACUACAUGAUUCAAACAAAAUCUCUUUCAAAUAAUUUCAGGUUCUUAUAAGUAGUCUACUUCAGAUGAGUAACAAAGCAGAGUCUGUAAUAGAAUAUGAAAGAAGAACUGGUAUAUUACUAAUACUAAGUAAAAUUUGUUCUUGCCAAUACUAUAGAAACAAUUCCCUUUGCAGAUAGGUGGUGUAGCUAAACCUCACACUUUAUUACUUGUGGGAGGAUUUUAAAGCACAGACCAUAAACUAGCAAAUGAUUUGAAAGUGAAAGUAUGUAGGAGUGUGUGACAGAUAUCUAACCCUUUUUUUCAUUUUAUGUAUUAAUUUAUACAAGCAGGCUUGGAAAAAGCCGGGUAGAAAUCUGUGGCAAGAAUGAGUCUGUUGAAUAACUUCCAGAUAAUGUUGUGAAUUUUGAAGUGAUAAAAAUAUACUUUAUCAAAAUUAGUAAAAAAACAAAUCUUUUCUUUUUUAGCUAAAAUUUGUUGAGAAUGUUUUCUUAUGUUUGAGAGAGAAUUGGGUGGGAGCAGGGGAAGAACACCAGAUGCCUUAACAUAGUUUGAAUCUUCAUCCACCAAAGUUAACUAAAUCUAUUAAAAAAUGCACUUUAUUUUCAUUCUGUGUGGCUUACCUUUUAUUGUGGAGUUUUGUUCCCAAGACAAAUGCUAGCAGAAUGUAGUCAACGAAAGAACAAUUAUGUUUAUUUUUGUUUGCUAAAUCUAAUGACUACUACUUUAUUUGUAUAGAGUGAUUUGAAGUGUAUAUAACUCAUGAUUUGUAUUGAAUUUCUUUAAACAAUACAUGUAAAUAAAAUGUUAUAAUAAUAGUC